AUGUUGUCCAUCAUCUACACCUUCCUUCUCCUCGGAAGGGUAACGGCAACACCGCCCCUCCCCCGCCUCCUCAUCUCUCUAACCCCAAUCUUCUCCACGCCAACGACAACAUCCUCCACAUCCGGACCCGAAAUAACAGCCCUAAACGUAACGCUCGUCCUAACCGGCGCGCCGUAUACAUCCCCGCUCCUCUCGCACCUUCUCAACAAUGGCGCAACAAGAACAAUAAACGCAACCCUCUCCGCAUCAGACUCGACCGGUCCGUUGUCACUUUCCACACAUGUCGACAAGAACACCUCGAAUGCAAUUCAAUUCUGGUCCGUACCAUCUGGACGAAACAUAGUCGGGGAUAUUACGGUGAGAUUCCUCGCUGAAGUCCCACCCGGAUUAGGGAUCGGAAACGGGCCGAGGAUAGAUCUCCGUCGCGACCAGGGCGGGCUGAUUGGGCUUGGGGAGGGUUUCCUACCCCGUCCGGCAGUUGACGAGGAGUGGGAUGUUAUUGUGAGAUGGGAGAACACUGAUGCGUAUCCGAAUGGGAUCAGGGCGGUUUCUUCGCUCGGGGAGGGACACGAGGUUAGGGCGCAGGGACGGCCAGGACGGAUUGUUGAUAAAACGUAUUUUGCGGUCCGGAGGUUGGGACGGUGGCCGCCUUGGGGGGAAGAUGAGGGUGAGAGUCAGAGUCAGAGCGAGAAUGAAGGGCCGUUCGCCAUGUACUGGGUCCGGGAGGCACCACCAUGGGAUUUGGACCGUCUCGGUGAGCGGAUCAAGAUGCUGACCGCAGCCGUUCGCAAUUUUUUCGGAGAAGGAAAGGACUCGUUCAGGAUGUUUUGGCGCAGAGCGGCGCGGGGAUACGGCGGCGCGGGCGGGUUCCGGUCGUUCAUGAUGGAGUUUACGAGUCUUGCGGGCGAGGAGCUGUCGAUUGACGAAUUGGAAAACCUGAUCUCGCACGAGUCGGUACAUGGCUACGCGUUGAUGAACCCGGUCCGGCAGCAAGACGUUUGGUAUCGCGAGGGCGUGGCGACGUACUACGCCGUCAUGGCGCCCUUCCUAGCUGGCGUUGUGGAUGGCGAUUAUUUUGUGCGGUGUAUGAACAACAACGCGCAGGCAUAUUAUACCGGCGGCACGACGGGCCUCAACUGGACAUAUGUUCUGCAGAAUUACUGGACGAGCACACCCCUUGUCCGGACGUCGUAUUUCAGGGGCUUCAUAUAUCUCGCUCAGGUCCACGGGCUGGUCCAGCAGGCGACCGACGGGACCAAAGGUCUGGACGACGUCGUGCUCGCGCUCUAUCAACGGUACAAAACUGACGCAGUGACCCAGGGCGAGCAAUUCGUCGCUGCGGUUGCCGAGUACGUAGGAAACACAACCGCCGCGGCGAGUUUCGAGGACAUGACGAGCGGUAAACUCGUCAUUCCCGCCACGGACAGCUUCGCCAAGUACGGAUUAAAACUGGUCAGACAGGACGCUGAGAAGUUGGAACUUGGGUUCUCUGAAGCGAGUUUUGGCGGAGUCAUCACAGGCCUUGUAGCCGGGUCGAGAGCCGAGGAGGCGGGAAUCAGGGAGGGCGACAAGGUUGUUCGGUUCUGGUCAUUCUCGACGGCUGCUGAUUCCCUCAAUAACAAGAUGAAGGUUGUGAUAGAACGUGAUGGCCAACAAAGUACCAUCACGUACUCCCCUCGAAGCCGUAACAAGGUGGAAUGUUAUCAGUGGGUUCGCAUGGGCGCGGCAUAGCACAAUGGACAAGCAGCAGACGCAACGGACCUGGGUUGUAUUGGAAGUCGAAAUCUAUGUUUAUAUACAUGGGAAAGUUUGUAUUAUCGUAAGCCUUGCUUCGAUAUGUCCGUACUAGUAAUGUUGUUAUUUGCGAU